AUGGACGACCUUCCCAACGAAUUGCUCAUCUACAUCGUUGACCACCUGAGAGGCCCUACAACCUGGGCAGAACCAGCCGACUACAGCCGCACGCACGCCCUUGCGGCUCUUUGUUGCGUUUCCAAGAAGUUGUACCAUAUUACCAGACCGUUGCUCUACGAAUCGAUAGACCUGCCCCCGAAUGACGGUGUUCUGCCCCAGUCUCGAAGACUUUUUGCUCGUCUCCAAGAGCAGCCAAGCCUUCGCCUCGAGAUCAAAGCCCUUCGACAGAAGACGCCUGCUAGGCUGAGACGGGACGGCGAGCGCCGUAUGCGCGUCCGCGAUGAGUACAUGAAAGACACUACAAGAGACGUGAGAGCCUUUGGGCUAGGCACGGAAGACGCCUCAGCACUCGUGGGCCGUUGGCUAGAGUACGAAGACCUAUACUUCGCUCUAGUGGCAUUUCGGACACCGAACUUGGAGCGUUUAUGGGCACGGUCGGCCCUUGAAUACCAAGGGCUCUAUGACGAUUGCAACAAUACCCUUCUCGAGGGCAUAGGCCGUAUGGCUAUGGGCCUAAGUCGGCUUCACACUCACCGAUUUGACAAUCUCAAGAUUUUGUAUUUCGAUUUCUCUAAAACACCGCAAACGCCCGCGCGGUAUGCGUUCCCGUUGUUACUUCUUCCCAACUUGGAUGAGCUUACUCUUGUCGCGUUGGGCGGCUAUUUCGACAUGGCUGAGAAUGAAACUGAAGUCGGUUUCGAAUACGAUGACGCCGACGGCUUGAUCAUUUUCGGCCGCCCUUGGUUUCUGCCUGCUUUCUUACCGCCAAGCAUCACAUCACUGCACAUCCACUAUCCCCGUGAGCCAAACGACGAAGCCGAUCAACAACUUGUCGAUGUUCUCAGCGCGCACAAGGACGGUACCUUAGCGUCGCUGAAAGAUGUAUACAUCACAUGGGUAUACUACCAACGCGGAGAGGAAGAAUUCGAUCUGCUAGAACGACUUCAGUCGCUGGUACAGAUCAAAGCGCAAUACGAGGCGUCAUCCAUCACGGAUCAGACGCAAUUGGCCUAA